UCAAUGAUGUUCAAAAGGGAGUAUUUUCAUUCACUGAUAUUACACUAGUUUAUACAUAGCUUAUAUUGGUCCAUGUAUGUCUGUGUGUGUGCUUGUACUUAAACAGGGGAGCUAUCAUAGCAAAAACUCCAUCAGAACACAUGGAGCAGAGAACCAUCGGCACCUGCUCUAUGAGUGUUGGGCCUGGUGGGGUGUUUGGUACAAGUACCAACCACUGGACCUCAUCAGGAGGUACUUUGGGGAGAAGAUCGGCCUGUACUGCUGGCUCGGCUGGUACACAGGGAUGCUGUUUCCUGCUGCUCUGGUUGGUCUCCUGGUAUUCCUGUACGGAGUCUUCACUUUGGACCACUGCCAGGUCAGUAAAGAAAUCUGCCAGGCCACUGACAUCAUCAUGUGCCCCAUCUGUGACCAGUACUGCCCCUACCUGAGACUGUCUGACAGCUGCAUCUACGCCAAGGUCACCCAUCUCUUCGACAAUGGUGCAACGGUUUUCUUCGCUGUAUUCAUGGCUGUUUGGGCAACGGUCUUCCUGGAGUUCUGGAAAAGACGCAGAGCUGUCCUCGCAUACGACUGGGACCUCAUUGACUGGGAGGAAGAGGAGGAUGAAAUCCGCCCCCAGUUUGAGGCCAAAUACUCCAAGAAGGAGAGGAUGAACCCCAUAUCUGGAAAGCCAGAGCCUUACCAAGCCUUCACAGACAAAUACAGUCGCCUCAUCGUCUCAGCAUCUGGGAUCUUCUUCAUGAUACUGGUGGUGAUUGCCGCUGUGUUUGGCAUCGUCAUUUACCGUGUGAUCACCGUCAGCACCUUCGCCGCCUUCGGCUGGGCUCUCAUCAGGAACAACUCUCAGGUGGCGACCACGGGCACGGCAGUCUGCAUCAACUUCUGCAUCAUCAUGCUGCUCAACGUGCUCUAUGAAAAAGUUGCUCUUCUUCUCACUAAUCUAGAGCAGCCAAGGACAGAGUCAGAGUGGGAGAACAGUUUUACUUUCAAGAUGUUCCUUUUUCAGUUUGUUAACCUCAACAGUUCAACUUUCUACAUCGCCUUCUUUCUUGGCAGAUUUACAGGCCGGCCUGGUGCAUAUCUACGCCUCAUCAAUCGCUGGAAACUGGAAGAAUGCCACCCCAGUGGCUGUCUCAUUGACCUCUGUAUGCAGAUGGGGAUCAUCAUGGUGCUAAAACAGACCUGGAACAACUUUAUGGAGCUUGGCUACCCGCUGAUCCAGAACUGGUGGACGCGGCGGAGGCUGAGGAGAGAGCACGGACAGAAUGCCAAGGCCAGCUUCCCUCAGUGGGAGAGGGAUUACAACCUGCAGCCAAUGAAUGCCUACGGACUCUUCGAUGAAUACUUGGAGAUGAUUUUACAGUUCGGCUUCACCACCAUCUUUGUGGCAGCCUUCCCUCUGGCCCCUCUCUUAGCUCUGCUCAACAACAUCAUUGAGAUUCGCUUAGACGCCUACAAGUUUGUUACACAGUGGCGGCGACCUCUGCCAUCACAAGCCAAAGACAUAGGGAUCUGGUAUGGCAUUCUGGAAGGCAUUGGCAUCUUGUCUGUCAUCACCAACGCCUUUGUCAUCGCUGUUACCUCAGACUUCAUCCCUCGCCUUGUUUAUGCCUACAAGUAUGGACCCUGUGCUGGUCAGGGCCGAGCAGGGGAGGGGUGUAUGAUGGGUUACGUCAACGCCAGUCUCUCAGUAUUCCGGGUGUCUGACUUUGAGAGGAGAUCGCAGCCCAGGACUAAUGGCUCUGAGCUUUUUGGAGAAGCUGUCAAGUAUUGCAGGUAUCGUGACUACAGGGAGCCUCCAGAUUCUGCUGAGCCCUACUCAUACACUCUGCAGUUCUGGCACGUCCUAGCAGCUCGACUGGCAUUCAUUAUUGUUUUUGAGCACAUGGUCUUUGCCAUCAAGACCCUGAUCGCGUACCUGAUCCCAGACCUUCCCAAGGACCUACGGGACCGUAUGCGCAGGGAGAAAUACCUGAUCCAGGAGAUGAUGUAUGAGGCUGAGCUGGAGAGACUGCAGAAAGAGAAAAAUGAGAAGAAGAAGAAAGACAGGGCCCAUCAUAAGGAAUGGCCCUGAACGCACCACCUGGUUGUCAACUGCACAGUAAAGGAAAGAGAAGAUUGCUGGGUUUCUUGCAUGAUACUGGACCCUCAUACUUUCCUCCUACCAUGUCAGACCAGCACCUCCAAGUGGACAGUUGAGUAACUGCACCCCAUAGGGUCACACAACGAUCACAGGUUUCCUCCAGCCUGCACCAUAUCAAAUGUCCUCUUGAACAUUUGGCCGCAGGUUUUGCUACCUUUUUUUUCUCCAGAUAGUUUCGCCACUUUGGACUCUCAACAGCGUAUGUCUUCAGAUCCUGAAUGUAGAUUUCAAGCAAAUUUUACAAAUUUCUUGUUUUAGAUGAGAGAAAAUGACUCUCCUGAGCUUACUGAAUGACAAACCCUGUUUACAUUUCUCCUUGUUUGAGGAGUUCACAUUUUGCUUUAUUGUAAAUAAAGAUAUUUAAAUGAAUGUCAGGCCUUCUACUCUGCUAUAGUGUAGUGCAAUAAAAGUAAAAGUUACUUAAAAAUCUGUUCGAGCUGUGGCAGUGUCCACAGUUUGCUUACAUUGGAGAUGCUUUCCAUUUGAAUUUAGAUUGAUAACUGCAGUAAUAAACAUUAUUUAUUGUA